AUGUCUUUCGGCACCGGCGGCUUUGGGUCGGGAGGUGGGUUCGGUCAGAACAACCAGAGCACCUUCGGUUCCUCUGCCUUCGGAACCCCCAACGCUUCAGGCUUUGGAUCCAACAAUACUUUUGGAGCUGGAAACACUGGUGGCAGUCUGUUCGGUAGCGCCAACAAUUCCACGACAACCCCUAGCGGCUUCGGCAGCACUGGCGGAGGUUUCGGCGCAAACACACAAAAUAAUUCUGGCGGCUUUCUUGGCAGCCAGCCUCGAACUGGAGGAUUUGGCGGCACUGCCGCUCCAGCUACUGGAAGCCUUUUCGGUGGUGCCACGGCCUCUGCAGCCCCUACCUUCGGCACGGGCGCUGGUACAUUCGGAGCCAAUGCUACAGGCACAAACGCCUUUGGCGCCCCUGCCAACACCGGAGGUCUCUUCAGUGGCAAUAAGACAACAAGUGCCUUUGGCGGAUCUAACACCGGCACUGGUGGCUUCGGUGCAGGUGGAGGUUUUGGUGGAGCCGCUGCCACAACUACCCCGGCCUUUGGAGGGGCAGGUACUGCUCUCCAAGGUAGCUUGCCUCCUUGUGAAGGAACCGGUAGUACCCCAUUUGCCCCAUUCACUGAGAAGGACACCAAUUCUUCUGUUACCAACCACUACCAAAGCGUCAACUUUAUGCCAGCGCACAGCAAAUGGUCUUUUGAAGAACUGAGACUGGCAGAUUAUCAGCAAGGACGUCGUUACGGAAACGGAAGUGCUCAGCCGGGUGGUUUCGGCAAUUCAAAUUUCACCUCUGCGUUUGGCGGUGCCCCUGCAGCAACCGCAACUCCUACCUUUGGUGGCGGCGCAGCCAAUACAGGCUUCGGCGGUGCUACAAACACCGCUACUGGUUUUGGUGGAUCCGCAACUACUAAUAAUACUUUUGGAGCUAGCAACACCAAUCCCCUUUUCGGCGCUCCAAAGCCUACGACUGGAUUUGGGGCCACGCCAACCUCGCAGCCCUCAUCGCUCUUCAGCGGAGGUACCACUGCAACAACUGGAGCAACCGGUUUUGGAGGCACACCAGCAAUAGGUACUGGGUUUGGAGGCGCUUCUGCGGGCAACAGUCUGUUUGGAAAUAAUCAACAGCAAAACAAGCCCACUGGUUUUGGUGGAGCUAGUGCCGGUGGAUUUGGUGCAGGAGGAGGAUUCGGUACACCCGCGACAACGGCAGCUCCCUUCGGAGCCAAUACGUCGACCACUUCGACUUUCGGUGCCCCACAACAGCAGACAACAGGAAAUGCAUUUGGCGGUGGUGGCGGCUUCAACACCAAUACUCAAACUCAAAGCAAGCCAUUUGGUGCUAGCUUCGGAGCUCCUCAGCAGCCGUCGACUGGCUCGACCUUGUUUAGUGGUGGUACCACGGCUGGAACCACAGGAGGCACUGGUCUUUUCUCAGGUCAACAGCAGCAAGGCGCCACUAGCAACAUAUUUGGCGGUGGCCAGACCCAACCCGCCGCUACAGGCAGCUCGCUCUUUUCUCAAAACCAACAACAGCAAAAGCCUGGUGGUGUGUUUGGUGGUUCCCUUGGUGGAACUGGAACUGGGUUCGGUCAGCAAGCAGCUGCUACAGGCAACUCGCUCUUUUCCCAAAACCAGCAGCAGCAAAAGCCCGGUGGCGUGUUCGGCAGUUCCCUUGGUGGAACUGGCUCUGGGUUCGGUCAACAGGCAUCUGCUCCCGGUAACUCGCUCUUUAGCUCCCAAAACCAACAACAGCAACAGCCUAGUGGUAGCCUCUGGGGUGCCUCGCAGUCGCAGCAAUCUCAGCAGCCGGUUCCUGGAAGCAUGAGUGCUUCACUGCUUGAUGGCAACCCAUAUGGCAACCAAUCUAUCUUCUCGGGAUUACCAGCACCUAACGCCCCAUCUCCUGGCCCACUGGCCACUCCGCUUGCGUCUAGUAUGAAACAGAAGCAGCGAACUCCUCUGCCUGUAUACCAGAUGACUCCCAAUGCUGCUAACCGCCUCAUUACUCCCCCAAAACGCGGAUAUGGAUUCUCUUACUCCACUUCCAGUAGCUCUGCCAGUACCCCUACUGGUUUCAGUAGCAGUUUGUUGUCUUCUGGUCCUGGAAGUAACAGCCUUCGCGGUAGCCUUAGUGGCAGUCUCCGAGCUCCUGUGGGUGGCAGCUUUGGUAGAAGCUUUAGCAAGAGCUAUUCCACAAGCAAUCUGCGCAAGACGUUCGACCCCGAUUCUGAAAGCGUUUUAGCCCCUGGCGCCCUACAGAUUGGUAGUGGCCGCAGCACCAGUGGCCUCAAGCGGCUGACUAUCGACCGUAGCUUGAGAAAUGACCUCUUUACGCGGCCAACGAGCCUUUCGCCUGCAGCUCCUGCAGCGAUCACCAAUGGUGAUGAUUCCGCUGCUAAAAAACGGGUUAGCUUUGGCUCGACAUCUCCCAACAUGACGGGUGGCGUGUCGGGUGGUGAGCUUGUACGGGUUGAAUCAAGCAGCCCAGACCCAACCUCCGAGGACCUUGGCUUCCUCCGCUCUACUCAACGAAGCAGCAGCAGUUUGAACGGCGUAGAAACUACCCACCGUCCCGAGAUGGAGUCUGUGUUCCAUGAUCUUGCCGUCGUUCCUGAAAACGAAGAGCUUACGGAGCCUGUUCCUACCUCGACACAGUUGACCCUUGUACCUGCCGUCCCUGCCGUCCCUACCAGUGACCCCAGUCCUGGUGAGUAUUGGAUGAAGCCCUCGAUGGCUGAGCUUAACAAAAUGAGCCGCGAUCAGCUGAAGAAUGUCGAGGACUUCACUGUUGGUCGUCAGCACUGUGGACAGGUCACAUUCAACGGCACCAUCGAUCUCACUACUGUCGACCUCGACAACCUCUUUGGUGGUAUCGUGGACAUUGGUGUUCGGAAGAUUACAGUCUAUCCCGACGAAAAUGUCAAACCGCCCAUGGGUAAGGGAUUGAACGUUCCCUCUACUCUGCACAUUGAGAAUUCCUGGCCACGCAGCAGAGAUAAGAAGCGACCGUCUGCUAUCAAUGGUCCACUUUUGGACAAGCACAUUGACCGUCUGCAGAAGGUUACUGACACCGAGUUCAUUGACUACGACCUCGACACUGGAACAUGGGUUUUCAAGGUCCCUCACUUCACCACGUAUGGGCUUGACUAUGACGAUGAAGAAGGUGAGAACCUCGACCCAGCCACUCUCAGUGCUGGCCCUGACAACUCCACCCCUAAGGCUCAGCCUCAGCGCGAUCACCCUAUGAGCUUUGAGCAAUCUGCAACUUUUUCCAUUGAUGAAUCGUUCGUCGGUUCCAUGAUCGGUGUCGAGGAUGACACUUUUGAUUUCAAGAAGCGAAAGCUCGUUCCUGGCUCGUUUGGUAACCAGGCCAUGGAGGUUGGCGAUCACGACAUGAGCGAUGAGGAUGACGAGUCUUUUUUAGCUGAAAGCUCCACGGGUUCAACUACCGAGAAUGACUACGAUGUCACAGAGAGCCAGCAAUCUGGCACCUCCGUAGUUGGAUCUGAUGAAGACGAGGAUAUGGACAUGGCGGGCUCCUUUCCAAACCUUCAUCCCCCCGUGGAGCGAGAUGACUCUCGGAUCACCGAGCGUCGUGACAUGGAUGAGGACCUUACCCAGUCUCAUUUCCGCCCAUUCGGCACACCCCCAAAACCUCGUCUGAACCUUAGCGGCGACUGGGCCGACCAGCUUCAGCGAACUAUCAGUCCCCGGAAGCAAAACCGCGACGCACUGCGUGAAAUCCAAGCCAAUGCCUUUACCGAUCGACCUCUCUUCGCCGAUGCCAAAGCUGGGAAUACGACCUCCCCAAAGAAAGGAUUCACCAACAGCAUCGACUUGAUGAAUUCCUUGUUUCAGUCGCCACGCAAGCAGAAUGCGCCUUCGAUGAAGGCCCCUAAAGCGCAGCCUAAAGGCUUUGAGUGGCCUUACAACAAGCAACCCAAGACCUUCGCUGGUGACAACCAUAAAAUGACUGCAGCCGACGCGCAUUUCGUCGAAUUUCACGAAUCUUUCAAGCCGCGAUGGGGUCCAAUGGACAGCAUUGUCUUAGUUAACACUGACAUGAAAGGAGGGCCCCUCGUAGGUGCUAAUAAACGCUGGUCACAGCGUCACACUAUCUUCAGUGAAGGAGGAGACCUCAGUGUUCUUGGCUACAACCAGUUCCCCGAGUCUAAGGAGAUUCUUGACGUACAGAAGCAACAGUCGAAAAUUCGUCACGUCGAUGGCAUUCCUCUUGUCCGCUUGGACAAGAUUAAUCUGCGCCAGUUCGCAUCUGCACCCGCCAAGGACGAGGAGCACUUGGUUUGGCAGCUGGCCAAUGUUCUGUUUAACGAUGAUAUCGAGGACGACAUCUCUGCGGGUGUGCCACCGCAGCUGCGGCACAAGUUCGCGCAUCGCAUUAAGAAGGAUCGGUUGACCCGUCUGUGGAGUGGCAUCAUUCGCGAACAACACGACCAUCAUCUGGAGCACAUUUCCUCGCCAGAGGAGCGCGCGAUUCACCUUCUCUGCGCUAACCGUGUGGAGGAUGCGUGCAAAGUGUUGAUGGAUAACAGGAACUUGCACUUGGCCUCUCUGGUUGCCCACAUUGGCCGGGAUGCCACCUCGCAGGCUGAUGUGGCUAACCAAAUCGAAGUCUGGCGCCAGAACAAUAUAUUGUCCGAGAUGACUGACCCUGUCCGUGCCCUCUAUGAGCUGGUUGCAGGCAACAGCCUUCGCAGUGAAGGAAAGUCAACCGGCGCUAUCGAAGACCGAGUUUCUACUUUCGUCUUCUCUGAACAGUUCCACCUGGACUGGCUGCAGGCUUUCGGUCUGCGUCUUUGGUACAGCGUCACCGAGGAUGAGCCAAUUGAGGCUGCUGUCGCUAAAUUCCUCGAUGAUCUCGCCACUGGUAUUGAACCGGCAUUCCCCCACCCCCUCAGUGCUGGUUCUCGUCCAUCGCCACAACCUGAUUCAGAUACUCUUGGUCGUGAGUCCCCGCUCUGGGUCCUCCUUAAGGCCUACUCGGCAGCCAAUGGAAGCACCAAGGUGCCGACUGUUGAGCUCCCCGCAGCCCUUCUGCCAGAAUCGUUGUCAGGUGAUAUCCUGACCAACCGGCUCUCUUUCCAACUUCACCACGUUCUGUCCACCGUCCUGGGACAGAUCGAUGCUAUUAAAAUUAAUCAACUCCAAACCGAUCGCCUUGUGCGCGACUAUGCUUCUGAGAUUACAGCAUCCGGAGACCUCGACUCGGCUUUAUUUAUCCUCCUGCACCUCUCGCAGCCCGAGGACCGACAGCGUGCUGUGCAAGAAACUCUUGCUCGCUUCGCUGCUCACCUCCCAGGACCUAAUGCUGGCGAUAGCUCGGAACCCGACCCAACUUGGGUCUAUCUAACUCAUGAGCUGCAACUCCCAGAGGCAUGGCUCUGGGUUGCCAAGGCUCUGUUCGCUCGCUACAGCGGCGAUGCCACCCGUGAGGUCGAUUUCCUCAUCCACGGCAAGCACUGGAACGACGCCCACGCCACCUUCUGCCGCGUCGUGGGGCCUACCGCCGUCAUCUCCCGUGAUUAUCAGACCCUCGAAAGUCUGAUCACUGGUUUCGGCGAUAAUCCUGAGCGCAAAAUCCGCGGCUGGUCAUCCGGCGGCGGCAUCUACGAAGACUUCUUGCGCCUGGCAACCGCGCCCCGCGGCCGACGCGACGUAUCUCGCAUAGGCCGUCUCGUGUACGCCCUUGUGUCGGUGAAAGAUCGCGUAAAGGGCGUCUCAGGUCUAGAUGGCCUUGAAGAACGCGUAGCUUUCAAAGAGAUGAGCCGAGCCGUAGCAGGCUGGAUCACGCAAGAGGGAGUUCAAGAUAUCGAUUCCGCCGCAGUUCUCAACCUGCCUUUGACAGUUAGCUCCCGUAUCGCGCAGACAGUAGAGUUGAGCCGUCGUUACUAUGGAACUAUCAUGGCUGGAGGAGUUUAG